GCGAAGCCUUUCCGCGGAGGCGCGCGCGGCCCCUGCCCUCCUCCCACCGUGGCGCGCGUGCCCGCGGGCUCCCUGGCAACCGCCGACGGCGCGGCGAUGGCGGACGAUCUGGACGCGCUGUUAGACGAAGUGGAGACCAAGUUCUGCCGCCUACAGGCGCUGGGGGCGGCCGGGAAGCGGGACCGCGGCGGAGGCGAGGAGGCGGUCGGGGAGCGGGACAGAUCAGCUAAAAUACUAACAAAGGCUGUCGUUGAUGAAGAGAGUAUAGAUGACAUAAUUAAAGAUAUCAUUGAUGAAAGCAGCUUUUCCAAAAAAACUGUGAAACUGACAUAUAAAUCUGCAAGUCCCACAUCUGAAAGAAAUAGUGCUUCCAUUCAGGCUCAUGGUAAAAGCUGUUGUCCAGUGUAUCUUGGCGGAAGCUCUGCACCACGUGGUAUAGGAACAAAUAUUUCGCAGAGAACAUGUGAUCAGCUACGUUGUACUGCCUGUGACUUCCAUGUGUCUCAUUACAAUGACUACCAGUGGGAUAAGUCAUGUGAUUACCUCUUUUUCAGGAAUAACAUGCCUGAACUCAGUAAAUUAAGAGCAAAGAUGAUAAAGAAGAAGGGAUCACGGGCUUAUGCUUGUCAGUGCAGUUGGAGAUCCAUUGGUGAACUAACUGACCUCCGAACAGACCGGCAGCUUCGUUGGGUCUGUGGUAAACAUGUAGAAUGAAGUCUUCUCACAUAUUUGGUAUGCAUUCCUGUGUGAAAACAGACUUUCAAGUCAAACUGACUUCCUUUUAGCAUGUAUUUCCCACUCCAUUUUCUGAGAACAGAAAGGAACCUGAAUGUUUUAUCUAGAACUAGAUAGUGACACUGAAUUCAGAACUGAACAUUUUUCCUCUCACUAUAACAGUCUCAUGAAUUAAGGGAGUUCAUAGAGGAAACAGCCAGCUUGGAGGCCUUCUAUUCCCUAGAGUGCCAGCUACAGGUGACAUUAGAAGUGUUAAUGAUAAGUGGGCUUGAUGUGCUCCUCCCCUCAUGCCAUUGGAGGGAGAAGAAGCCAGUGAAACCAGAUGGGGCACAGAAAAAGGGAAGAGCAAGAGCCCCUAGGUACGGGCUCCCUGAGCCAGCAGAAGUCUUGUACAAGAUCUUUGACUCCAUGGACAUGGGGAGCAGCCAUGCCCUGUGGCACUCUUUCAGAGCUGACUGGCUAUCCGCAUGAGAACUAAUGCUCUUCCUCCCAUUCUGCCUGUAGCCUUAUGCAGGGGUGGCAAGGUUUGCAGCCCAGGUAGUGAGUAGUCGUACAGAGCCAAAAGAACGAGGACAAGACCAGCUGUCACCACACAGGGCUUCACUUUCCUUUACCCACAAAUCCCCAAGAAUGCAGAUUUUGGAGACUCCCAUCCAAACUCCUUAGUACUCACUACUCUUUGUUUUCCUCAAAGCCCUUUGUCCAGAGUAAGACGUUCCGUGGAGACUCUGAGGUUUACCACUUAGUUUCUUUGCCUGGUCUCUCCUCGCUCUUUUGGUUGCACUGCAGGGAGAGGACAGUAUGGACCUGAAUUAUUUAACAAUAUUCAAUUCAAUUUUACAAGAUAAGUUGGGGAAAUUGUAGCUCUGCAACAGUUAACAAAGAUGCUCGCAUUUAAGAGUGCAACAAGAUAUAUCCCAACUUUCCUUGUCUUUGGGUUUUUCAGUUAAAAGCUUCAUUUCAGAAAUACUACACACUCCAAAAGUGUGACUUGCCCAUUGAAUUCCCCCUUAAAACAGCUCCCAGUAUCAUGUUAGUUGGCGAGAUGAUUUGAUUUAAUAUUAAUGUCAUAGCAGCUUAUAAGCCCUUGUUUUCUUCACUAUCUGCAUAUAUGAAAUAUGCACAAGUAUUAUGUAUGGCUUGUUUUUUUUCAGCACUGAAAAUUAUCAUAUUGAAAAAUGGACUAUAGUUCAAUUUCGGCAAAGGGGAUGGGAUCAUUUCAUACAGUGAUGUAAAAGAAAAUGGAAUGAAAACACUGUACUGAAAAUAUUUUUACUAUUCAAUAAAAUAGUAUUCUAAGGAUUCAUUCAGAGUUAUUUGAUGUAUGCAAUUUCAUGUAUACAAAGUGAUAACUGGUUUUUAAACACCUGUCAUACUUUAAUUACAUCAGGAGAAAUAUGAGGAGCAAUCUGCAGUAAGCAGAUGAAUGAAGCAACUCAAAGAUUGGAAAUUACUGUCAUUAAUUUCUUGGGGCGAUGCGGGUUGUAAUUAAGAAAUCCUUUUAACCAAUCUUAUAAAAAUUGUCAUGAACCUAAAGUUCUGGAUAGGUGGUUCUAAUAAAUGGAAAUAUUCCCUUAUUAGCAAGGAGAAUUUUCUUGUCUCUUCUGAUGAUGCUGUAUAGUUAUCUUCAUUUAACUACUAAAGACAAUCUUUUCACAUCCUUGGCCAAAUGGUCUCUGUGGUAUUUUGGUUGCAAGUAAAAUUUGGUAAGUUUUCUGCUGGUUGGCCCUGCUGUAGAUUUGAUCAUUCGGUCCUUAGAAAAAUUUCGUAAGAAAACUCGUAAUGAAUGUGUAUCAUCUGCAAGUUCACUGCUAUUGGUAUUUCAAGGCAAAGUUCCAGCUUUUAGAGAAUAUAGAAUUGCAGGUUCCAGAAAAUAGGCAAACGCAGAGAUCAGUUGAUGGACUAGUUCUGAAACAGCUGUUAGCAAGAAAACUCUGCUUACCUAACAACCCAAUAUGAAGAGCUUCACCAUCCUCGGCUUGGAUUUUUAAGGGGUAAGUAUUCCUGGGUUUUCUUCAGAUGAGCUGAGUGGUUUACAGGCUCAGAGAAUGCUAGGUGGGAUUGGGGUAAGACGACACCUACAAUCAGACCAUGAUUUAUUGAAGAGUUCUUUAGGAGAAGGAAACUUUCCACUCUUCCUCUAGAGGGAGUUCAGGUCAGCUCUGCAUUUCAACAAGUGAUGAGUUGCUUUGGUUUUGUUUGCCUAAUUCAAAAUUGUUUUAGAGGAACUUCCCCUAAGUCUUUGCUACCCAGUAUUUGGAAGGCACCUCUCCUAUAUGGAACCAAAUAUUCAAGACUUCUGUUUCUGAUAAUGAUAUGCAAGAUACACAGCUCUCAAGCUGACCUAAUAGUAGUGCUCUGGGAGAUGUGGGUUUGCUGACUGGUCUCUCGUUUCCAGAUUCAGCUACACCUGUCAGGGAGCUCUAUGGGUAUGUCUACACUACCCGCCGGAUUGGUGGGCAGCGAUCGAUCCAGCAGGGGUCGAUUUAUUGCGUCUAGUCUAGAUGUGAUAAAUCCACCCACGAGCGCUCUCCCGUCGACUCCUGUACCCCACCACCAUGAGAGGCGUCGAUGGGGGAGCAGCAGCAGUCGACUCACUGAGGUGAAGACACCACGGUAAGUCAAUCUAAGUACGUCAAGUUCAGCUACAUUAUUCACCUAGCUGAAGUUGCGUAACUUAGAUCGAUCCCCGACCCCAGUGUAGACUAGGGCUAUGAGUGAAGCUAAGCCAGUAAUGAACAGGGAACCCCGGUCAAUGCUUUCAGAGCUAGCAAGCAGAAACUAGGAAAAAUUAUGUGUUAAUGUAGAUGGAAAAAAUAGGCCUGAAGAGUCAAAGGUGCUAAUGAGACCCUGUCACUGUCCAACAUUAUACACUGUUAAAACAAGGUUUGGUAUACAGAGACCUCAACCUGCUUCAGCCUAUGGCAAAUUCAUUAGAAAUCCUCUUAACCUAAUAUUAAAGAUACAGAAAAGAAGGGAAAACAGUUAAAGCAUUUGAAACUUAAAGAAUUAAACAGGCUCUCAUUUUAACAACAUCCCUUGUUCCCUUUUCUUUAGAGACAGUUAUUAAAUUAUUAAAAAGGAAAAAGCCCCUUGUGUGACAGUCUUUUAGAUGAUAUCAAAGAUGGUAAGAACUGUCCUUUUUGGGGAAAAGACAAGUUAGCGGAGAUGGGCUACAACUGUUGUGCAAGCCCAAUCCUGUUUUUAAGACAAGCACCCAAAAAGGGAGAGAAAAAGACAGAAGAUGUAGCUUCUCUGGUGCUAACUUUUACUUGUUACCUCGCUGCUUGAGAAACACAAACACAGCACACGGUCUUAUCAACCGCUCUGAGUCCUGGCAAACUUGUACCAGCAUCGGGCUGUUUAGGACAUUGCUUUUAGCUGCUUGUCUGGUCAGAGGCUUACAACAGUGUUGCAAAAUACGUAGUCUUGGCCAGCUAAGCCAGACUUUUUGUUAGGCAGGAACAAAAAGGAGAGAAGAAAUAAAGUGGAGAAGGAAAAGAACACAUGGGUGAGAGGGGAUAAACUCUCAUAUCCCAGUUGGUGGUUGAGUUUCAGCCAGAGCCAGUAGAUGUGGUGGUGUCAUCUGGGUCCCUCUCUCUGCCCUGGUCUGGUCAAGACAUCUCUCAGGAUCAGAAUGACAAAUGCCUGGGGCCCUAGCAAAUAGUGGGAUGGCAGACUCAGACUUUAAGAUCAGAAGGAGCCAUCAUGAUGCUCUAGUCUGAACUCCUGCACGUUGCAGGCCAUAGAACAUUCACCCACCCACUUCUGUAAUAAACCCCCUAGUCUCUGACGUGAAAGUGAAGCUUGCUUCUUCCUUUUCUCAUGUCUCACAGUCAGCCAGCUUCAUAGUAAGCCAUCUUCCCCCUCCCCCCCCCGAAGUAGGUUUUUAGGUUUGGGGUUUUUUUGGGAGGACUCCGAAAGGGAAGUGAUGGGCAGAAUAGCCCAUCCUCUCAUUUUGUCCACCAGUUAGGCCUAAUUUCUAACACACAAGUUUUGGUUCAUUGAUUUCCAUCUCACACUGUUCUUGUUAACCAGGCAUGAUCUUCAUAUACAAUCCUUGAAUUAUAAGGAGUAGGCCUCUUCAUUUGAACUAAUUCAGUCUGUCUUUUUUUGUACCUUUCCCCAUUAUCGUUUAUAUUAUAGGUUAUUGUGACAUUUUAUGAACUUGCACUCACUUUUCACAAUUGAGCUCACAAUUAGGGUAAAUUAGUAGGCCCAGCUAUUACAACAGUGACUAACAAUGUAACUGGAAAGUGGAGGCUACCGAGGGGGAGAAAAAGGGGAAAAGGCCAAAUGUGAGUGAAUGCAAGAAGGAAGACUUUAAUCUUCAGGAGAGUGAAGGAGGAAUCUAUUUACAGUACGAAUCAGCUGUUCUCAUAGGUCACCGUACACUUCGUCCUCUUGCAAGCUAAAAACAUUGUGGAAAUGGUGUCUUAUUUCUGGGUGGAGGCAACUAUCAGCUAAUAGCACCAGCUAGUACCAGCAGGGAUAUGCUGCAAACAUACAAGAAACAGUGAAAAUUCUAGAAUACUGGGGGCACAGGUGGCCUCUUCUUGAAGACGUGAUUAGAAGCCUGAAUACUCAAAUGAAAGAAUCCUACCAUUCAUAGUUUCUUCCUCAAGGAGUCUAGCUACUUGUCUGUGCCCUUGGUUAGAAUGGCAGAUAUAAGAACUCAUCACAAGUGAAAUAUAGGUACAGUAAUUACAAAAAUAGUGUUAUUGCAUUUUGAUUUGUAUAAAUGUUUUUAUUUACAGUUACAACAUUUCAUGUCGUUUUAGAUUUGGGAAUAGUUAAA